CUGUGGCGGUGAGUGGUGGCGGUUGGCGGUAUCUGAGGUGGUGAUGGCAGUGGUGGCGCUCCACUGCCUGUAGUAUCGUCAGUCCAGUGCUUGUCGACUCACUAGGUGGAUCACAGCGAGAUCAGAGUGUAACAGAAGAGGGAAGACUCUGUAGAACAAAAUGGAUGAGUCCAAAAUAGGGAUGAGUCACCAGACCCUAGUGUCCAACGCAGGUCAAGCCGCCAAAUUUCCUCAAUAUCUCGCAGCAAUCAUUGUGACUAUCGGUGGCUUCAUCUCUGGCACUUGUCUUGGCUGGACCUCUCCCACCAGCAACCCACUGGUUGAAGAAAGCCAGUACAACUUCACCAUCUCAAAGGAUGACUUCUCAUGGAUCGGGUCCCUGAUGCCAGUAGGAGCACUGGUUGCAUGUCCGCUGGUGGGCUGGCUAGUGGACCGCAUCGGACGCAAGAACACCAUCCUCGUCCUGGUGUUCCCUGCGGUGGUAGGCUGGGCACUCAUGAUCUGGGCGGAGUCGGUGACCAUGUUCUGCAUAGGAAGAUUCAUCUCUGGCAUCGCAGGAGGUGGCUACACGAUUGUCGUUCCUCUCUACACCAAUGAAUAUGCUGAAACCAGCAUCCGAGGCACUCUAGGCACAUACUUCCAGCUGCAACUCAACCUUGGAAUCUUGUUUACUUAUGUCAUUGGAACUAUUACGACAGUAUUCUGGUUGACAACAGCUUGUACCAUUGUUCCGAUUGUCUAUGGAGGUAUGGUUAUGUUUCUGCCAGAGUCUCCCAUCUACUACCUCAAAAACAAAAAAGUAGAAGAGGCACGCCAGGCCCUGCAGUGGUUCCGAGGAGGUAGCUACGACGUUGAGCCUGAGCUCUCUGGCAUGCAGAAGAACAUUGAGAUUAUGGAGAGUGAGAGGGUUCCAAUACUGGAGGCAUUCUCCACAACACCAGCCAAGCGAGGACUCGUCAUUGGUCUGGGAGUUAUGGCCUUCCAACAGCUGAGCGGAGUCAACAGUGUCAUCUUCUAUGUCACGUCAAUCUUUAAAGAUGCUGGCAGCACGAUGGACCCCAACAUACAGACCAUCAUUGUGGGUGUUGUGGCCGUCGUGUUCACCUACAUAUCUACCCUGGUGGUGGAUAGGAUGGGUCGAAGACCACUACUACUGCUCUCUGACUUUGUCAUGGCCAUUUGUACUUUCUUCCUCGGUGUUUACUUCUACCUCAAGAACAAGACGGAGUUUGACACUGCCUCCAUCAGCUGGCUUCCCAUACUGUCUGUGUGUGCCUUCAUGAUUGUCUUUUCCCUCGGGUUUGGUCCCAUCCCCUGGAUGUUCAUCAGUGAGGUGCUCCCACGCCAGAUCUCUGGUUAUGCGUCUUCUGUCUGCUGCUGUUUCAACUGGAUCUGUGUGUUCUUAGUUACCAGAUUCUUCGGAGACGUCAGUGCGGCCAUCGGAGCUUAUGGAUCGUUCUGGCUGUUCACGGUCAUAUCGGGUAUUGGAACAGCAUUUGUAUAUUUUAUUGUGCCAGAAACCAAAGGGAAAACUUUGGAAGAAGUACAGAUUUUGCUCGGAGGUUCAACAUAAACUAAAAAUCAGUUAUCUAUUUGUAUGAUCAAACACAUUCCUAUUUCAGUAAAUAGUUUUCUAUUUUCACUCGGGUUUUAUCGCUUGAAUACUAGCAAAAGGUGUAUAACAAAUUAAGUUUGCACCUAUGAAGGAUUAGUAGGAGUUUCAAACUUAUAAAUGGUGUAAGUGAAUGAUUUGAUUAUUUUUGUUUACUUUAUGAUUUUGUUUCUAAAGAAAUUUCUAGAGUAUUUCCCUAGUCUUCAUUAUAACAUUAAAUAUUGCACGAAUAUUCAUAUUCCAGUCAUGAAUUGAGAAUAAUCGUGUCUAGGCUGUGAUUUAAUAAACAUUACUCACAAUCAUUCAUAAAUAACUGGCAAGCAUUUACUUUUCUGUCGCAUCAUUGUACAUAUCCUAUGUCAUGUUGCAUGAAGGUGUUUACUUGUAAUUUCAUCUUUCCUUACAAGUGGUAAACAAAUGUUUUUAAUUCCUAACUUUUAACUAUUUGAUUUAACAAUCUCUCUAGGUGCAAUACCAAUUCUUUAUAAUUUUAAAUAGGUAAUUUAUUAAACUGUAAAUAGAGCAUAGAUGUUACAAUUAAUUGUAAUUUAGCAUUAAGUGUUGAUAUUUACUAAGAUACGGUAGUUUAAGAUUUGUUAAGGUGUUUAAAUUGUAAGACAAAACCAGUUUAAAGUAAGUUUUGGAAUAUUAAAGUCGUUUUUAACAAGGUAAAAAUGUUGAAAGUUUUCAAUAGACAUUUUAAAAAGUAGAUAGGCCUACUGCACUGCAUUUGUCUGGCAUUUAAAUACUUAUAUGCUUGUCUAGUUAAGGAUCAAGCCAUUAUGCUCCAUCGUGACAAUAAUAAUUGAUAAAUUCAUUUCUUAAACUAUAUAGUUUAUAAACAAAUACUAGAUCAGAUUUAAAAUGGAUUUACAGUUUUUUUUAAAUUUUUUUAAAUUAAGAGUAACAAUUAUAAUUGUUACAAAAACCUCUAAAAAGAUAAGCCAAAUAGGAACGUACCAUGUUCAACCACAAUGUUCAAACAGGAAUCCAAAUUUCUAUAAACAAUAAAUAAUUAGUACCUAUCAUAUUUCCAAAAUUAAACUGGUUUUAAAUAGUAGUUGUGUCAAAAAGCUUUAGUACAACUUUGUGAUCAUUGAUAUUUUGUAUUAUAAUCAUUGUUAUAUUAAACUUGUUUUUAAACUUUA